AUGGCGAUCUGUACUUAUAACGCACGUACGCUUGCAUCGGAAGCGGCCAUCGAAGAUCUGAUGAUGCAAGCCAAGAAGAUCAAGUACGACGUCAUCGGACUGACCGAGACGAGACGACGUCACCCUCUCAACGCCGUAUAUGAAACUGGAGAAGAACUGUUCUUAGGAACAUGCGACAGUAGAGGUGUUGGUGGAGUUGGCGUCCUCGUCAACACGAGUAUGGCAAAGAACAUCGACUCUUUUGAACAACUUACGACCCGAAUCGGACGUCUGCGGAUGAGAAGAUGUGGCCCAAUACCAGCUUUGACUAUCUUCGUCGUUUACGCUCCAACAUCAAGCUACGAAGAAGAAGAAGUCGAAGCUUUCUAUAUGGACCUGGAGAAGUUCUACCAAGAAGAUCAUGCCUUCUACAAGGUCAUAGUUGGCGAUUUCAACGCUAAGGUUGGCCCAAGAAGAACGCCGGAGGAACUUCACAUCGGGACCCACGGCCUACAAUGGAAUGACCAGGGAGAGAGGCUCUCCGAGUUCAUCAUGACGACUAAGACCAUCCAUGGGAACUCGCAAUUUCAGAAGCCCUCUUCUUUACGCUGGACGUGGGAGUCACCCGGUGGAGGGUACCGUAAUGAAAUAGACCACAUCAUCGUCAAUAAAAGGUUCUGCCUGACGGACGUCGGUGUUGUACCAAAGUUCUAUACGGGAUCGGACCAUCGCCUCCUUCGAGGAAGAUUUUCCUUCACAAGGAGAGCAGAGAAAGCCGCCAAGUUCAGAGAGAGAAAUCCCAGGACUACCAUCAACUGGGAUCUCUUCGCUACGCUAGUCGGCUUUUGGGAAGAUUCUGCAAUGGACAACAUCGACGAGGAAUAUGACCGGCUUGUCGAACACCUUCACGACUGCGCGAAGAAGGCUGAGAGUUUCAAAACAACCAAGAGGCGUCUGUCUCUUAAAACUCUUGAGCUGAUACGCCAGCGUGGAGCAGCACGAGCCGCAGGGAACCAAGAACUCACGUCCGAGCUCGCAAGGCUUUGCCGAGAGGCGAUAAAGGAAGACCUUAAAGAGAGAAGAGCAGAAGUGCUGGCUGAAGCUGCAGAGGCAGGGAAAAGCAUCCGCUAUGCCCGUCGAGACUUCGCCAGUCGCAAGACGAGGAUGACCGCUCUCCGGAACCCAAAGGGAACAGCCAUUGCAUCGAGAAGGGGGAUGGAGAAAAUCAUCUACGACUUCUACUCUGAUCUCUUCGACAGCCAUGUCCACUUGCCUCCUCACCAUCUGAGGGAAGAUGGACAAGUCAUUCCAGAGGUUCUCCCGUCCGAAAUACGACAUGCUAUCAUGUCGGUAAGAAAUCGUACGGCACCCGGUCCCGACAGAAUAAGACCAGAACACCUGAAGAGCCUUCCGCCAGUACUCAUCAACACCCUGGCGAGGCUCUUUACACGCUAUCUGUCGGAAUGCAAGGUUCCUAAACAGUGGAAGACCAGCAAGACCGUGUUGUUGUAUAAAAAGGGAGAUCCAUAUGACAUCGGCAACUAUCGCCCAAUCUGCCUACUGUCCGUCAUCUACAAGCUCUUUACAAGAGUAAUCCUUAAUAGGAUUGAAAAAGUCUUGGAUGAAGGACAGCCAUGCGAGCAAGCAGGGUUUCGAAAAGGAUUCAGCACGAUUGACCACAUUCACACUGUUUCGAAACUCAUCGAGGUAUCACGAGAGUACAAGAUGCCGCUCUGUCUCACCUUCAUCGACUUAAAGAAGGCUUUCGACUCGGUUGAGACGGAAGCGGUCGUGGAAGCCUUGGACAACCAAGGCGUCCCUACUCAAUAUAUAAAGGUACUUCGAGAGUUGUACAGUAACUUCACGACCGGAAUUUCGCCAUUCUACAAGAACAUCAUCAUUGACGUGAAGAGGGGGGUCCGACAGGGUGAUACAAUUUCACCCAAAAUAUUCACAGCCACCCUCGAGAACGCAAUGCGAAAGUUGGAAUGGGACGACAUGGGAGUGAAGGUUGAUGGUCGGCAGCUACACCAUUUGCGCUUUGCUGAUGACAUCGUACUGGUAACACCUAGCAUCAGCCAAGCGGAACGAAUGCUGACCGAAUUCGACGAAACAUGUGGAUGCAUCGGUCUUCAGCUGAAUCUACAAAAGACGAUGUUCAUGCGGAACGGAUGGGUCUCGGAUGCCCCAUUCACGCUCAACGGAACGAACAUAUCCGAAUGCACCAGCUACGUUUAUCUGGGUCGGGAACUGAACAUGAUGAACGACCUGACCCCCGAGCUGGGCAGGAGGAGACGAGCGGCUUGGGGAGCGUACAAGAGCAUCGAGGAUGUAGUGAAGAAGACCAGGAACACCCGGCUCCGUGCUCACCUCUUCAACACCACCGUACUUCCUGCUUUGACCUAUGCUUCGGAAACCUGGGCAUUUCGCAAGCAGAAAGAAAACGCGGUGAGCGUCAUUGAACGCGCAAUUGAGAGAGUGAUGCUAGGAGUAUCCCGUUUCACGCAAGUGAGGGACGGGAUUCGAAGUUCCCUCCUACGUCAGCGAUCGAAGAUUAGAGACGCCGCCGCGUUUGCCAAGGAAAGUAAAAUAAGGUGGGCCGGACACGUGAUGCGCUUUGAUGACAACCGUUGGACCAGAGCCGUGAGCGACUGGGUUCCCCGCGAUAUUAAGCGCACUACAGGAAGACCGCCGACCCGAUGGUCAGAUUUCUUCACGAAGUCCUUGAAAGAAAAAUAUGAUGCUCUUCGUGUCCCACGCGAAAGGAGGAACCACUGGGCUACUCUGGCACGCGAUCGGGACAAAUGGAAGAAUUACUGGCGCCCGCUCGACCAGUUCGAAGAUCAACGGGAGUCAAGGUGA